CCAAAUCAUCGCGCUCUUCCAUACCACGAAGAUGGCAACAUCAAGCAAGCAGUAUCUUACCCGCGGCGAAGAGCUAUGGAAAGGGAGAUCAGAGAAAGUUAAUGCAGAAUUAUUUGCCUUGACUUAUGGAGCUCUGGUAGUACAACUAAUCCAAGACUACGAGGAUUAUGCAGAAGUUAACAAACAACUGGAGAAGAUGGGAUACAAUAUUGGAACACGAUUAAUCGAAGACUUUUUGGCCAAGAGUAAUCUAGGAAGAUGUUCUGAUUUCAGAGAAGUUGGUGAAGUGGUCGCAAAGGUUGGCUUCAAAUCAUUUCUCAAUAUUUCGCCGUCCAUUACACACCAAGCACCACCCGUACCAACUUCACCUACCCGGCCAACGAGUACUGCCCAGGCUAACAGCGCUGGGUCAUCAUUUUCACUAAUAUUCGACGAGAAUCCGUUGGCGGAAUUCGUGGAAUUACCCGAGGAUGCUCUCGAGGGGGGUUUGUGGUUCAGUAACGUUCUUUGUGGGGUGAUCAGAGGUGCACUCGAGAUGGUCCAGAUGCAGGUGUCCGCAGAGUUCAUAUCAGAUGUUCUACGAGGAGACGAGACGACGGAGAUGAGAGUAAAACUGAUCAAGCAUUUGGAGGAAGAAGUGCCAAUUGGAGACGACUAAAUUCACUCAGUCUAGAAAUGAU